ACGUCAGUAACCUGCUUGGCUAGGGCCGCCGGCGGCGCUGCUGCUGCUGCUGUUCCUGCUCCCGUGGCCGCAGAGGUAGAGCCAGCGCCGGGGCCGGGGCGGGCUGCCGAGCCGGCCCCGCUCAGCCAGGGCCAUGUCCUAGCCGCCGAGCCGCGCCUCCGCGCCGCGCCAAGCCGGCCGGGCCGGGCAGGGCCCGGGCUGCCCGGCCGCCGCGCCCGGGGCUCCAGCCGACUCCACGCCUGGAGGACAGGGAGGAGGAGGUGGCGGCUGCGGCGGCGGAGCUGCUGGUAGGAGCCCGGGCCCCGGACUGGGGGACCCGAGGCCGGAGCAGAAGGCUCAAAGAAGAAGUGGCAACUAACAAGAUGAGUGUGACAUCAUGGUUUCUGGUGAGCAGCAGUGGAACACGCCACCGCCUCCCAAGAGAAAUGAUAUUUGUUGGCCGGGAUGACUGUGAGCUGAUGCUUCAGUCUCGAAGUGUGGACAAACAGCAUGCAGUCAUCAACUAUAACCAGGACAAGGAUGAGCACUGGGUGAAAGAUCUUGGCAGCUUAAAUGGGACAUUUGUGAAUGAUGUGCGCAUCCCUGACCAGAAAUAUGUCACUCUGAAGCUCAAUGAUGUCAUCCGCUUUGGCUAUGAUUCUAACCUGUAUGUACUAGAACACGUCCAACACAAGGUUCCCGAAGAAGCCCUGAAGCAUGAGAAGUACACCAGUCAGCUGCAGAUGAAUUUUAAGGGCACAACUGUGAAACGAGGGGACCCCCCACCAGACCUUGGACCUUAUUCUGAAUCUCCACAGGCCAAACCAGAGAAGGGAGACCGGAGACCUGUCCCAGACACAUUGACCUACCGCACGCCACUCUAUGGACAACCUUCAUGGUGGGGGGAGGACGACGGCAGCAACAAGUUGGACAGACCAGAUGACCAGCCCCAGGAGGACCAAUAUUCAGAGAGGACCAAGGAGAUUCCCCAACAUGAGGAAGUCAAUGGGAACAUUCAAAGCUUCCGGGAUGGCCAGGAACCAUCAGCAUUCUCCUUCCGGAGGGAACCAAGCUAUUUUGAGAUUCCCACCAAAGAGUUUCAGCCUGUCCCCAAGUCUGUGGAGGAGCAGGUUCAUGAAGUCCCCACAAAGGAUGUGGAAUCAGGAGGAAGUGGGGCACCCCCAGUGGUGCAAAGUCAUGCUUCCUUCACUAUCGAGUUUGAUGAUUGUAGUCCUGGCAAGGUGAAGAUCAAGGACCAUGUCACCAAGUUCUCCCUGCGAUCCCGACGACCUCUUGUGAAGGAUCCAGCGCCCACUGAAAUGGUAUCUGCCCAGAGCAAGGUAGCACAUUGGUUGGUACAGAAUGAUCCCAGCCUAAUACGAAGGCCAGGACCUGGGGAGGAUGGAUACAGCACCAAGAGUGACCUGCCUGUCCAUGUACGGACACUGAAAGGCCACCGGCAUGAGGAUGGUACCCAAAGUGAUACAGAAGAUCCAACAGCAGCAUCUUCAUCUCUAAAGGCAGAAAAAGAGGCUAACCCAGUACCAGUGCCUGAGCCCUCCACGGGGGAGCAGGUCCGACUACAGCGGCAGAUCAAGCGGGAUCCCCAGGAAAUGCUACACAAUCAGCAGGCCUUUGUCAUUGAAUUCUUUGAUGAGGACACACCCCGUAAAAAGCGUUCCCAGUCCUUCACCCAUGUGCCAGCUGACCCUAAGGCAGACAAGCGCAGAGUUCCAGGGCCCACUGGUGUUUGUGGAGGAAUGGCAGCUGUCCCAGGUCCUGCCUCGGGCCGAGCAUCUUGCAACACUUCAGGCCCCCAGAGGGCUAGCUCACUCAAACGAGAGAAGACAGAGGAUCGGAUGGGUUCUUCCUCAACAGCUGCCCGCCCAAGUCACCGACUCUAUGGUAGUGUGGGGCGCAGGUCCCGGAUGGCUCAGGAUUUUGCUGCUGAGUACCUGAGGGAGACUACUACAGCAGGGAGGCCAGGUCUAGAAAAACAACCCCCAGGCUUGCCUGCACCCCUAACACCCCGUGUGGUCAUCUCGACUGUUCCCCCAGUCCCACCAUCCUCCCCAACUGCCAUGUCUACUGACUCUCAACUGACUAAGUCCCGGAAGCAGGAGGAGGAUGAUAGUUUAAGUGAUGCUGGCACCUACACUAUUGAGACAGAGACACAGGACAAAGAAGUUGAGGAGGCACGGAAAAUGAUUGACCAGGUUUUUGGGGUGUUUGAUUCUCCCGAGUUUUCCAAGGUGACCUCAGCUACUUUCCGCCCAGUUAUCCGAGGAGAGAAGGAUGAAGCAGGCUCUUCCCCACCCACUGUGGCAGAGGCAGGGGUGGCUCAGCGGCUGGCUCUGCUGCAAGAGUAUGCCUCCAGGACUGCAAGCCUGUCUCCUCCAGGUGAACCCCAGGUCCUGCCAGUGUCAGGUUCUCCAGGGAGUCAGAAAUGGGCAUCCCGUUGGGCCAGUCUGGCUGAUAGCUACCUGGAUCCAGGACCAGGAACUUUGCUCUCUGAGUCAGCUCCACCUGACUUUGAAACUGAUGUCACCAACCACAAAGUUGGGGAGUUGGACCCUACUCUGCCUUCUCGAACACGGAGACUUCUCCCCCAGCUACCCCCAAAUGACAAAGUAGAGAGUUCUGUACUGGUUGGAUUAGUAGGGUCAGAACCCUACCCUGAAGUCACCAAGAGAAAUGUAGCCAAACCAUCAGCCUCAGGGUCCUACGAGAACCCAAUAGACCACUUGUUCAUCCAAGAAGAUCUGGACCCAGACAGUCUCAGUGAUGGGAGCCAAUCAGAUGAUGGUCUUGGGCCUGGGGAGACAAAGAAUGAAAGUGCCCAGGGAUCAGAGUGGCCUCGGGGCCAGCCUUCACCAGGGACAGAGAUCCAGCCUUCCAAACCCAAGACAGCAGCAGACCCAGCCCCCAUGUCCUUCUAUAUUGGAGAUGAGAGCCAAGAGCCUAGCUUUCCCUCCAAACUCUCCCCAAGUCCCUCACCACCACGAGCCCACAAGAAACCUGUGACUCAGGAGUCAUCCCCAUUGCGCCCAGUCAGCAGCUCCCCUUCCCUGAGGUCCAGAGAAAAGGAGGAGAAUGGCACAUAUAUCAGCAUGACAGGGAAGAUGACUAUUUCUCUACAUACCAACCAGUCCCCAGAGCAGGAUGGUUUGGCAGUGGUGGCAAAAGAGGCCCUAUCUUUUGUCCGUCAAGAGAGUUUUACCAAAGAGCGGGCAAGUAGCAGCAUUGCCCCCAACAAGCUCCCCCACAUAUCCAGCCAUCCCCUCCUGAAGGACUUAGAGGCUGCCCGGGCCACCCGCAUGGACUACCACACUCAGGAUACACACUUAAUCCUGAAGGAGACAGAGACAGCUCUUGCAGCUUUGGAAGCCAAGAUCCUUGCCAAGUCCCCUGGAGAGGAUGCCAGGAACACCCCCACCCAGCCAGAGGAUUCCUUAUCGGGGGACUCUGAUGUGGACACGUCCAGCACUCUCAGCCUUCUCAGUGGGAAGAAUGGGUCCAGCCAGACCCAAAAGGGCAAGGCAGUGGUGGGCAAUGGGGCACAGAAAGAGCGACCAUCUUCUGCACCUUCAGUCCAGGAUUCUGUCAAUGGUGGUCUUGUGGCCAGUGCCCGCGAGCGGCUCUCAGAGAAGCAGCGUCGCCCAGGGCUAGCCCUGGAAGGGAGUCGGCGCUUCCAGGUUAAACGUAACAAUGGGACCCGUGGAUCUCUGGACUUUACAGAUGAUGAACGCAGCUCUGGUCACCCCUAUGCACCCAGUCCAGAUACUGUCACUUCAGAACCUGAACAUCAGGCAACAACGGUUAGGCCCACACCCCGGAGGAAGCCCUCAGCCCCUCCUCCUUCUCCUUCGGCCACCAAGGAAGAACAGAGCCGUGUCUCUGUCAACGUGCAGAAGGUCCAACAGAUUCUCACGAGGUCUAACAGCCUGUCGACCCCACGACCCACUCGGGCCUCCAAGCUUAGACGGGCAAGACUCGGGGAUACCUCAGACAACGAGGGCACUGAGAGUGAAAGGGCCACAGUGUCAAACCCUGAAGCCACAACCAAGCAAGCCACAGAAGGCAAGAAGCUGUCCCGCCUGGAUAUUCUUGCCAUGCCCCGAAAAAGGGCUGGUUCAUUUACAGUGCCCAGCGAUUUGGAGUCAGCCCCAGCCCGGACAGGCUUCUCUGGAAGGAGUGUUGAGUCUUACUACUCAAGCCGAAAACCAACCAUGUCAGAAGCUCGAGCAGCAGCCAGGAAAACGGCCGCAGCUGUGGCUGCCACAAAACAGCCUUUCAGCAGAGCUCGCUCGGGCAGUGUCAGAUAUUCUUCCUCUUCUAACUCCCGGCGGAGGCAGCAGGGUUCAGAUUGCACAUCCACCUCGGAGGAGGAAUACGGCUCCACCCACAGUUCUCCCAAACACAAACGCUCCCAUGCCUCAACAGCCACUCAGACCCUGAGGGCCACUGGUCAGAACCAGCCCAGACCAUAUAGUGGGCGGGACACAGAUGAGGAUGAAGAGGAUGAGGAGCCUGACCACUACAACUUCAUCGUGCAGACAGCAGAAAUUGCUGAGAUUGCCAGGUUAAGCCAGACUCUGGUGAAAGAUGUCGCUAUCCUGGCGAGAGAAAUCCAGGAUGUGGCUGGGGAUGGAGAUUCCCAGAGCUCCUCAGGAACUGGCCAUGGCUCCUCGCUCAGCUCCGUCCCCAACACCCCAGCCUCCACUAUCUCUGCCAGAGAGGAGCUGGUACAGCACAUCCCAGAAGCCAGCCUCAACUUCCAAAAGGUUCCUCCUGGCGCUGUGGGUUUGAAGGACUUCGACCAGAACAUGAAUGACAAUCGGGAUGACAAUUAUGCUUGGAGAACACGACCCAGGAACCGAGAAGAGGUGAUCUUUGAUAACUUGAUGCUGAAUCCUGUUUCCCAGCUAUCACACACAAUCCGGGAAAACACGGAAAACCUUGCAGAGAAAAUGAAGAUUCUUUUCCAGAACACAGAGAGGACCUGGGAGGACAUGGAGGCCAAGAUCAACUCAGAAAAUGAAGUGCCCAUCCUGAAGACAUCCAACAAGGAGAUCAGCUCUAUUUUGAAGGAACUAAGGAGAGUCCAGAAACAGCUAGAAGUUAUCAAUGCAAUCAUUGACCCCACUGGGAACUUGGACAUCAUGACUGGCAACAGGCUGUCAUCAGGGUCAACAAUGAGACCAGCCAGUAAGGUCAGGACUGCUAUUAGCCCAGCCCCUCCUCCUGAAGAAGUGAAAAACCACACCCAGAACUCCACCUGCAGCUCAACCCGACUCCAGGACCCAACCUUCCUUCCUGAGGCAGAGAAGUUUGUGAUAUGAAACCAUGUUCUGUGCCAUUGCUGCUGGCCACGGGCCACCUAUGAUUCCAGUGGUGUGGUUGUGUUGUGUGUGUAUGUGUGGUUGUGGGCUGUUGUGUCAGUCGUUGGCACUUUGUACAAAGAAAUUGAGCCAAUUGGGCCUAAGGCAGUUGUUAGACAACUAGCCAUGUCAGAUAUCCCACAUGUGCCAAAACUAAAGCCCAGCUGUGCACCUCUUCUGGGCUCCUCUGCCCUGCCCUAGCUUAGUAAUCGCACCCCUCUCUUUCAUUCAUUGUCCAUGGCUAUAAGGUCUUGCUUGGCCUUGAUGAUGUGUUCUGCUCCUUCCCAGAGCCGUGGACACCCCCUAAUGUUGGGCCUGCAUGGAAUGGGUCAUGAGCUUGUGGAUCAGAUCCAGUGGCAUGGGAUGAAUAUCCCAAACCCUCGAUGGGCAUGACCUAUAGCUUGGCAUUAGCACCAGGUUCUGACCUUCUACCCAAAUGGAACACCAGAUAAACCCAGGUGGCAUUAAGGUUCUUCUUGACUUGCCUCUGGACUGACCCUGGCAUUAGCUAGGCCUAGGGUCACUCUCUGGCCAAAUCAUUGUCCUUUAAGCCUGAGUUGAGUCUUGUCUUAGUCACAUUUUUUAGCUUUACAAAGGAGGAAAAAAGUUUGCUCUUAGGAAGCUGGUGUCCCUCAGGGGCUAGAGAGCCAACUGCAUGUGGUUCUUCAGGUAAUAGGUGCUCUUCCCACAGGCUUGAACCUGAUUACUUAAGGAAUGAGCCCUCCUGGAUCUAGCCCUGAGAGCGACUUAAAGGAUACCAGCACAAUCAGGUCAAAUAGUCAGUCAGCAGCUAUUCAGUGAAUUCCUACUCUGUGUGCCAUGCCCUAUGCUCAUGCUCUCACAAGGGGAAGACAGUAAAAGGAGCUCACAAUCUGGGGGGAGACAGGAGAUAGAAGCCCAGGCAGGCCCUGGUCCAGAGAAGUGUGUUCUAUUGGAGAGACUUACACGUGAGGACCAUUAGAGAAUCACCCAGAGUGGAGCUGGAGUACUGUCAGUCAGUGUGGGAGCUGUCCAAUGGAAGGAGAGGUUGGCGAAGCCUGGCGUGGCCAGGGAAUUCCACUUUCUGGGAGAUGUAUACAAGUGGACACAUGAUCCUGCAUUGCUUGGCUUCAUUUGGAAGGAACUGUUAGUGGUUAUAAGACUGGCUGCCCCAACCCCACAGUCUAUCCCCUGACAAUCCUAUCCUGGGGAAGGACACCAGGCUGAGGAAGGGGCUGUGAGCCUCAUUCUCCUCUGUGGUGUCCAUGUCCAUCAGACAGGACUGGUGCAUCCCCUGUGCUACCAGGCACUGGUCAGUCCCAGCACUAAGUGAUCAGGAGGCAAAACCUAAUUCUUUGUUCGCAGAAAAAAGGUACCAUUUGUUUGUAGCUGUUCACCCCGCCAAAUUGCCAGGCAUUUUGGAGAGACCCAGCACCCCUUGCUCUGCACAUGCCUUAGAGAGGUUUCCUCUCUCCUGGCAACUCUAAGAUAGCAGACAAGGUGAUAGAUAAGCACCUGUUCAGAAUGCAGUCAUGUGCUCACCCACACAUGCAUGUGUACUCCAAAGCGCAUAAAGCACUUAACCAUGCAUGUAGAAGUCAUGCACAAAAGUAUACUUCAGAUAUGUGCACAUGCAUGUGCAAACAUUUGUCCACACACAUGUGGUCCGGUUUCUUCAGAAUCUUCUCUUUGGAUAGCUGCAGUGGUGGUUUACCUGGUCUCCCUGCCCACAGUGAGAAUGCUGGUAGGCAGGCUGAUUGCCUAAGGGUCUUGUUCACUUCACUGGAAGCUGAAGUGAGCCACUUUCCCAGUGUUCCUGAGGCCAGAGGUCCUAUCUAUCCCCAUAUUCUCCUGUAUCUUGGGGACAACAGGUUUCUGUGCUCCACCUGUUUCUUGGCCAGACCCUAGCACCAGACUUGGGAUUCACCCUUGCCUGUAAGCCUGCCCCAGAGUCUAGCUGGCUCCAGUUGGGGAAAUGUCAACACUGAGACCCUGAUUUUACCAGACAGAGCCAUGUUGCAACCAGAUAGCAUCAUGGUCAGCCAAGGUCAGGGUGAGGACCCCUCAGUUCUAGGUUUGAAGCACAUUUCAGUCUAUAGUAUGAUGAGGAUGGGGUAGAGGGGGUAGCCAGUCUUUUCUUUCUUCUUCCUUUGCCCAAGUCCCUGAAAUAGCUUUCUCUAAAUUCUUCCCAGAUGGGCACAGCAAAAUGGAUUAAUUCCUUAUUGUGAAUCCAGCCCCUGGACCAUUCUCUGCUGCUUUCUGAAUUUUCAGGAAUUAUUUGCUGUCAUUACUGAUUGCCCAAAAAUGAUGGCUUAGAAGUCCCAGCUGAAGGGCAGGAAGGAAGAUGGCAGGGCAGAGUGUAAACCACCAUCUUACUGUAUGACUGUAAGUGAAUUGUUUUGCUUCUCCAGGUUGGCUUGUAAAAUAAGGAGAAUGAUUCCUUCCCCUCCAUUCACCCUCACAGCAGUGCUUUGAGGAUGAAUCAGGUGUCUGGGAAUGCUUGGGAAAUCUCUUCAUAUAGAUGUAGAUUGGACCAUUUGAAUCUGAAUCCAGAAACUUGGAUUGGGGUUUUGAGAUACUUUUACAGCAUAAAUAUUUGUAUAGUUUUUUCAUGCUCUUCCUGGAAUCCUUGUCAACAGGGCACAUGCUAACUUAACUGGGUAUAUUACACACCUUUUCUUCCUCCACUUCCCAACCCCAAAAGCCAAAGAGCUAGCCUAGUUACCAUCCUUCCUUGGCUUCCCUGCCCUCACCCAGACCCAGGUGAAACCAGGACACGGACUCUGGAUUCGUAUCCCCCCUCCUUCAUUUACCAGGCAUCUCAAAGGUCAGGCCUUUGAGGAGAGCAGAGAACAGGGACUUGGCUGGAUGGUGUCAGAGAACCCCUGCCUCCCCCUCCUUCAUUAUCCUAGGUCUAGGAAGGUUAGCUGUAAUGAUGAGUACUUGAAGACAAAGUCCUCUUAAUGGUACAAAUACUCUGAGAAGGUCCAAGUGGCCUGGCAGAGUGAGUCUGAUGAUAUCCAAUGAUCAAGGGGGUUCUUGGGCCUAUGGUCAGCUCAGGAGUGUUUCUAUGUUUACAUGCAACUGUUUAAGAGUUCUGUUUUUAAACUUGUUUUUAAAAAGUCUAAAAACAGAAGAAAGUAUAGACAGGUAUAUGGCUUCUCCUGGUUCCUUUUUCUGCUUCCUGAUUCAACCUUGGCAGCCUCCUUGGAGUAUGCUUGCCUAAGCUCAUAUUCCUCUGUGUCCCCCUCUAGGACUGGCUAGAUUGGAGCAUGCCUGUGGUGAGGGAGGGGUCAUGCUCUCUGCUGCCUGGUGCUUCCACAUUGCUGACCCAGCCAUUGGGUGUAUAUAUAAUGAGAGAGAUGGCUAUACCCUCUGUCUUGGGCCAGCCAUAUGCAUGAGUGUGUCCGUGUACCUUACAAAUGAUCAAUGGCCAUCUCUCCUCACUCAUUGACUUGCUCGGCACUGGUUGAUUCUCUGGUUUUCUACUCCAUCCCCUCUCCUCCAUGAUGGUUGUAUAAAUUUUUUUUUUUUUUGGAGAGGAGGAAUUCACAAGUUCACACCUUUGAUUCCAGUUUGGUUUGUUCCCUCUUUGUCUUCCCACCGAGUGGUAAUUUAUUUUGUUUGGAUUGGAGGCAGUAUCUGUACAUUUGAUUCCCAGGUGACACUGUAGAUGUCUUUAAGAAAAUGGGUUAUUUUAUAUAAUUUUAUCAUAGAUUGUUCAAAUAAAUCAUUCUUUUGUCACACA